CUGUACAGAUAAAAAAGCUAUGAGUCAGGGUAGAGAGAACAGAAGAGGGCAGGCAUCCAUCACCUCCAUUUGGCAACAAUAAAUCAAAAUGGGAAAGGAGAAGAUCCACAUCAACAUCGUGGUCAUUGGCCAUGUCGACUCCGGCAAAUCCACGACCACCGGCCACCUGAUCUACAAGUGCGGAGGAAUCGAAAAGAGAACCAUCGAGAAGUUUGAGAAGGAAGCCGCUGAGAUGGGCAAGGGCUCCUUCAAGUACGCCUGGGUGCUGGACAAACUGAAGGCUGAGCGUGAGCGUGGUAUCACCAUUGACAUCGCUCUGUGGAAGUUUGAGACAAGCAAGUACUAUGUGACCAUCAUUGAUGCUCCUGGACACAGGGAUUUCAUCAAGAACAUGAUCACUGGAACAUCUCAGGCUGACUGCGCCGUGCUGAUCGUUGCUGCCGGUGUUGGUGAGUUCGAGGCUGGUAUCUCCAAGAACGGCCAGACCCGUGAGCACGCCCUGCUGGCCUACACCCUCGGCGUGAAGCAGCUCAUUGUCGGAGUCAACAAGAUGGACUCCACCGAGCCCCCUUACAGCCAGAAGCGCUUUGACGAAAUUAGCAAGGAAGUGAGCACUUACAUCAAGAAGAUCGGUUACAACCCAGUCACUGUUGCCUUUGUGCCUAUCUCUGGGUGGCAUGGAGACAACAUGCUAGAGGCCAGCAGCAAGAUGAGCUGGUUCAAAGGAUGGAAUGUUGACCGUAAAGAGGGUAAAGCCAAUGGAACCACCCUGCUGGAGGCUCUGGAUGCCAUCCUGCCCCCCUCCCGCCCCACAAACAAACCCCUGCGUUUGCCCCUGCAGGAUGUUUACAAAAUUGGGGGUAUUGGAACUGUUCCUGUCGGACGUGUUGAGACCGGUAUCCUGAAGCCUGGUACAAUCGUGACGUUUGCUCCCCCUGAACUCACCACUGAGGUGAAGUCUGUGGAGAUGCACCACGAGUCUCUGGCUGAGGCUGUCCCCGGAGACAACGUCGGCUUCAACAUCAAGAACGUGUCCGUCAAGGAGAUCAAACGUGGCUUUGUGGCCGGUGACAGCAAGAAUGACCCACCCAAGGGUGCUGACAACUUCACUGCUCAGGUCAUUGUCCUGAAUCACCCUGGCCAGAUACAGCCAGGUUACAGCCCUGUGCUGGAUUGCCACACUGCUCACGUUGCUUGCAAAUUCAGGGAAUUCCUCCAGAAGAUUGACCGUCGUUCUGGGAAGGUCCUUGAGGAAAGCCCCAAGAUACUCAAGUCUGGAGACGCAGCCAUUAUCAACCUGUCUCCUAAUAAACCCAUGUGUGUUGAGAGCUUCGCCGAAUAUCCUCCACUUGGGCGCUUUGCCGUGCGAGACAUGAGGCAGACCGUGGCCGUCGGUGUCAUCAAGAAAGUCGAGAAGAAAUCUGCAGCUACAGCAAAGGUCACCAAGGCUGCAGUUAAGGCUCAGAAGAAAUGAUCUUAAAUUCUGGGUGUCCGACAACGGAGCCACAUUAGGAUUUAUCUCAACAUUUUUCACUGGAUGCAUAGAUCAUGGUGGAGCCAACUGGAAUGGCUUCAGCCACUAAAAACAUUUGUUCUGUUUAGGGAAAACUAAUGUGAUAAUUGGAUUCAAAUCAAAGCAAUAAAAAAAGCCUUUAAUCACACCAAA